AAAGGAAGGAGAAAGUAAGAAAAAUAUUUUCGGCCACCACCAGUCUACUCAUGAUAUCUUAGUCCGCCAAUUCGGAAGAACGAGUCUACCUUCGGGAUUCCUCGACCCGGGGGGGCGGGGGGGUUUUGAAUAAUAGAAGAGAAGGGCUCUCAUGCUGCAUCGCCGCCGUGUUCAAAGGGUCUGAAUCCAAGCGCGUGACUCGUCAAUAGUGCACUCGCUCUCUGGAGGUAAAAUAGAAAGUCCUUCCUGGUGGCGCGUUCAAAGAGGAUUGACCGGUCGGGACGACACCAACGACUUCGCCUUGCCUAACACAUCGUCUCUCGCUUCAUUUGCUGGAGUCCAGCGUGUCCGCGGCGCCUGCUGAAAGUGACAAUCCCGCCUUGUGUUCCGCGCUCGAUGGCUGCCACCGUGUUAAAGCUUGCUAGCGUUCCGAGUUUUCGGUGUGAGGGGUUCAUCUUCUGUAGCGGCGACUUGGUCUCUGCUAGCGUCGAUUUCUACUUAUAUCGCUGUUGGGAAUGUUUUUAAGUGAGCGCCUUGGGAGGUAGAUGUGUCUUGGGAGAAUCAUUGGUUUUGGCGCUCGAAUCUGAGGGGUACGAGAGUUUGAGAUUAAAUUCAUGCCGUCGAGCUCGUGUGGUUUGUGAGAAAGGUGUGAGUUCCACUCUUUUUGUGACAGUUUUAUAGUUGUGUGUACUGCUUAAUUUAGACGGUGUCUGAUCCAUGGGGAAGGAGAAGGUGCGGUGUUCCUACACGCAAGCUGAUCUGAAUAUUUAAAGAACCAUUGUGUCCAAUUAGCACUAGGUAUCGAGCUGUUGCUUCCCGUGGGGUUUCCCAUGGAGAUGCUGGAUCAGCCGAAGCUAACUGGGCAGCGGAUGGCAAGUGCGAACACGUAUAGAACGCCGCCACUGAAGAUGACUCUGGAAACAAUUGCGGAAGACAAUUCAGACUUUGAGAAUCGCAACCGCUUCGCACGGUCGAUGUCCCUCCCUGCGCAAAGGCGAUUCUCUAUGGAUAGCAAUGGCGGCCUUCAGAGGUUCCCCAAUAACUGCCCGGGCCAAGAUGGAUGUCUCGCCGAAGAAGGUGAAUACUUCGCCGGACUUGGUUACCAAAAGGGCGAUGGUGGAUUUGGUGUAAGCAUGUCUGGCCCAGUUUUCUCGAAUCCCAAAGAGUAUGGACCCCGAAAACAUCGAAAAGCGUGGAUUUCCAUUCAGCGAGUGCGCGAUGCUAUCAAACUUAGCCGCUUUCGGGGAGCAUUCAGCCAAGUACUGUCUAGAUUAAGACCGACGGUUCGGAGAUCGAAUUGAGAGCUGUAGAGGUCCCACUUAGCACGAUUUUACCGACAACCCCAAUUUGUUUUUGCAUCCCAUCUUGGCAAAACCACAUUGAAUGUUUUUCUCGCCAGGAGGAUCCUGCGUUUUGGCAUCGUGAGCUCCAAAAUCUUCAAAAUGCAGGCAGACCAUCACCCCCUCGCAUCGCAAACUGACUACUGUAGUGGGUGGUUCAACAGAGCCUUGCUGGGUGCGGACGAAGCCGUGCUUGUGAAAAAUUCCAUAACUGCCUUGUAAUGUUUGGCAGUUACUGUGUCCUCGGUAUCAAGGGAUCGACUAUGAGUCAGAAGUCCCUGGGAUAGAUGACAAGAUUAGUUGUUAGUACCCUACCUUGAGAUUUUAAGUACAAUCGGGUCUACCUGAUUUUCUGGCAUCCACCACGAGAUUUGAAGCACAAAAGCACAGAAAAGAACAAACUUAAGCUGUAUGAACGAUCAUCUCGCAAGCUUCUCACUCUCACUGAAGAUGUUUCAAACAUGGUUUUCACUCUCAAGAGAGAAGCUGGUCAUCGCCAGCAGCAAGAGCACCUCGCGGUCAGUUCCACAGGUGGAGCUGCAGGCUUGGCCAUCUCCCCCUGCGAAACGAAGCUUCGCAAUGGACCACGAGAAAAUGGUGCAAAAUGUUGCGUUGCUCGACUUCAGAAAUGCAACUCAAGGCCGAUGCGAAUGAAACUGACGAAUACUUUUGAUGCAAAACCUUCGAUUAUGUUCGGCGCAGGAUGUCGUCCUAGCAGAGGCCCUCUCACUUAUGACAGUCCUGGUGAUUUUUAAGCACUUCUCGAAUCUUGCGUGCGAGGGUCACUGAAAUUUUCGACACCAAGGAAUUUAGCAGACAAUCCAGAAUAUGUGAGAUAUCGAGAUGCGGUGUGUACCCAGUACUAGUUAGCAUCCCUGAACAUGCAGUCAAUUUAACAGUUGACUGUUUAGAUGCUAGAUUUUCAAUAAAACUGGGGUUGAUAAUGACCAGUGCAUAAUUUGAUGACA